AUGCGCACCCGCGGGCGGGAGCUACAACACCACGGCUUAGCCCAGGGCCGCCGCCGCCCAGCUGCAGCGCGUCGACGCUUCCUAAGUUCCUUCCUCCGCUCGCCGCCCUCCGCCGCGCGACCCGACCCGGUGAUCUGCGCAGUGGCGCCAAGCGGCAUCACCAAGGGGACACGUGCACGUGCCACGGGCGUGCUUACUGCACCCGGCGAUCGCUGGUCAUAUGCUGCUGCGUCGGCUAGCGGCGAUCUGCGUUCCUCUCUCUCUCUCUUGUCUUCCACCACCUCCACCUUCCUUUACCGCGCCGCCGCUGACCCCCAAGUAAAGGCAACGAUGUCCGCGCCCGGCCCGCCGCCGCCGCCGCCCGACCUCGCCGCGAUAACGAGCGCGACGCUGGUCGGGUCGCUGCUGAACUUUAUGCUGUACGGCGCGCUCGCGGUGCAAGUCUAUGUUUACAACAUCUGCUUCCCGACAGACCGCGCGCCGAUAAAGUACCUCGUGUACACGGUCUUCGCCCUCCAAACGCUGUGCCUCGCGCUGAACGGGGCAGACGCGCAGUUCUGGUACGCGGCGCAUUUCGGGGACCUGCGGGCCUUCGCGGACGUGCGCUUCUCCGCGUUCUACACGCCGAUCAUGGGCUCGCUCGUCGCGCUCGCCGUCCAGCUGUUCUACUGCGUCCGCAUCACGGUGUUCCGCACCGGGAGCCGCGCGGUGCGGGGGGUAGUAGGGGUAAUCGCGCUGGCGGCGGUGAUGCAGGCGGUCGGCGGGAUGGGCGGGGGAAUUAAGGCGUAUGUCGCGGGGAAUCAGGAGCACGACCAGGCGCGGACGGUGCUCGUAUACAUGUGGCUCGUCGGCGACGCGGUCGCGGACAUCCUCAUCGCGGUGACGAUGACGCACAUCCUCCGCCAAGCGACCGCGGAGAGCACGAAGCAGAUCGUGCGCGGCGUCGUGCGGCUCGUGAUCGAGACCAACGCGCUGUCCAGUGCGUCCCUCCCUCCUCUCCAUUCACCGCUCACGUCAGCAGCCACCGUCGCCCUCCUCGGCCUCAUCCUCUUCGCCGGCGUCCCCGGCACGACCUACUUCAUCGCCCCGACGAUGAUCCUCCCCGGCCUAUACGCCAACACGCUGCUCGUCGUCCUCAACAACCGCGCCUUCGCGACCGGCGCCGCCGUCCGCGCGCUCACCCGGCCCGGCGCCUCCGGGUCCGCCUCCGACGACGUGCGCCUGACGCACACGGACACCGCUUCCGGCGCCGCCAGCCGCGCGCUGGAGGCGAGCCGCACGCGGAGCAUGCGCGUGCAGAGUGCGAGCCGGCGGCUCCGGUCCGACACGCUGCAGCCCGUGCGCCGGCCGCGCGGCGCUUCUGACGCCGGUAUCGGGCCAGAAUCCCCGCCGCCGCUGCCAGAUAGGGACGCGCUCGGGUCGUUCGUCGCGGCGCCGAAUCCCCGAAUGCGACGGGACAGGGACCCGCUAGACACGGGGUUCGAGCCAGAGUACGACUACGACGAAUACGAUCCGGAGAGCGGCGCAUAUGUCGACGACCGCGCAGAUGCGCUCAGCCUGGACGACGUCGGCGCGUUCGUCGCCGUGCCGGGCUCGCCGGGCGCGGUACAUGCCUCGCCGCCGGGGCCGGUGAGAGUGCGCGGUGUGUCUUGGAGCAGCGGCGCGGGGAGCUCCGUGACACGGGCGAACUCGGGCGGGUCGGGGUAUCCGGACCGCGAGCGGGGCGGUAGUACGAAAGGCAAGACGUGGCUCGAGCCGUAG